UUAGAAAAUAAUUUUUAUUUAUUUAUCCUUGAAAAAACAUGAAAAGUGAAUUUCAGUAUAUCCGCCAUAUUCAUUCUGAGAAGCUUUUGAAUUAGGGUUGUGAAAAAAAAAAAAGGAAAAGAAAAAGAAACCCGACACUUUUCUACUUUGAAUCUCUUAUCUCUCUUUAUUUCUCUGUUUGGUCAGAGGAAAAGUAAAAGAUGAAGCUGAAGCAAUUAGAAAGCCAUUUAGGUGAUCUUCAACAAUUCUCCAAUCCAAAGAUUGAGCUAGAGCAGUAUCCAACUGGACCUCACAUUGCUUCUCGCAUGCUCUACACUGUCUCUUUCUCCCCCGUUUUCACCAACAUAUUAUCAUCAUCACGAAAUAUAAUGUUUUUUUGUUGUUUCUAUCGUGCCUUCUCUUUAUAUCUCUUUCUUGUUUUCUGCUUCAGUCACUGUUUUUUCCAACUUCUAUGCGUCAUUUCCUCUUCUGGGCAGAAAAUUCAUUUGGUGAUGUGAGCAACAAGGUUGUGGCAGAUUUUGGCUGUGGGUGUGGCACCCUGGGUGCUGCAGCUGCUCUUCUGGGUGCAGAACAGGUUAUUGGCAUUGAUGUUGAUUCUGAAUCUCUUGAGAUAGCAUCACUAAAUGCGGAGGAACUUGAGUUGGACAUAAAUUUUAUUCAGUGUGACGUCCGGAACUUAGGAUGGAGAGGUCAUAUUGUUGAUACUGUUGUGAUGAAUCCUCCUUUUGGGACCCGAAAAAAAGGUGCUGACAUGGAUUUUCUUUCCGUGGCUUUAAAGGUUGCUUCUCAGGCUGUUUAUUCUUUGCACAAGACCUCAACAAGAGAUCAUGUGAAAAGGGCAGCCUUGCGAGACUUGGGUGCUAGUAGUGCUGAGGUUUUAUGUGAGCUUCGAUAUGAUGUACCACAGAUGUACAAGUUUCAUAAGAAGAGGGAGGUGGAUAUUGCUGUAGACCUCUGGCGAUUUGUACCCAAAAGUAGAGAAAAGGGCAUUUAACAUUAACACCGAAUUAAGAUUAUACUUGGGAUGUAUCCAGAUUAUGCAUGCAGCGGCAUCUUUCCAUGUGAAAAGUUACCAAGUAUCUAUCAGUAACAAUUGAUCAGAAAAUUCUCUUUUUCCCUUUCC